ACAACCCUUCACGACACUCUCUCUUUCUCCUCUUUCAUUUUUCCUUCCAUUUUUAAUUGUUCCCUCAUCGUUUCGCCGGGCGUAAGCGGUAUACAUCAGAGGCGAUACACUGUCCUCGUCCGCUGCUACCACAAGCAAACAUACUAUCACAACAUUUAACCUAGUCAGCCCAUCGGCAUUGCAAAAUUCUACUAGUCGCUCUCUAACAGCAUAUUAUUUCACAAUCUACAAACAUUCAAAAUGCGUUUUACUGUUGCAUUUCUUGGUGCAUUAGGCCUCCUAGGUGGUGUGACCACUGCCAUUAACACAAUUGAGCUCAAGGGUAGACACUUCAUCGAUAGCGUAACUAAGAAGGAGUUCUUCAUCAAAGGUGUCGAUUACCAACCUGGUGGUGCCGCUAAUGUCGAAAAGGGAGGAGACCCCCUGACCGAUGCUGAUAAGUGUGCUCGUGAUGUCUUUCUUUUCCAGCAACUCGGUAUCAACACAAUUCGAGUCUACUCCGUAGAUCCCACCCAGGAUCACAACGAGUGUAUGACAAUAUUGGCCGCUGCUGGUAUAUACCUGGUUUUGGAUGUCAACACUCCGCUCGAACAUCAGCACUUGAACAACGAGGAGCCAUGGACUACUUACACUUCCAUGUACUCGGAGCACAUAUUCAGCGUUAUGCAUGUAUUCUCUGGGUAUGAUAACACAUUGGCCUUCUUGGCUGGUAAUGAAGUUAUCUUCGACCCCACAUCCGCUAAGGCAUCUCCCAACUAUGUCAAGGCUGUUGUGCGUGACAUGAAGGCCUACAUCACCAAUCAGAUUCACAGACGAAUCCCCGUUGGUUAUUCCAACGCCGAUGACUUGAGGUUCCGUACUGCUCUUGCUGCUUAUCUUGAGUGCGGUGACACUGGAUAUAUUGAUUUCUGGGGUGUUAACUCGUAUCAAUGGUGUGGUAAGAACACCUUCACCGGGUCGGGCUAUGACAAACUUGUUGAGGAUUAUAAGGACUACUCUCUUCCUAUCUUCUUCACUGAGUAUGGUUGUAACGAAGUCCGUCCCAGAAUCUGGCAGGAGGUCGACGCUCUUUACUCUGAGAAGAUGACGGGCGUUUUCUCCGGUGGUUUGGUUUACGAGUUCACCCAGGAGCCCAAUGACUAUGGUCUCGUUAAUAUCACUAAGGACGAAGAUGCCGUCAUCCUCAAGGAGUUUGAUUCACUCGGUGACGCGUUCGAGAAGACCCCUAAGGAACCGACCAUUCCUUCAGGUUCCAGCAACCCAACGCGCCCGGUUGAUUGCCCUGCUGCGAGCAAGUUGACCGGCAUUACCGCCAACUUCACUCUUCCCACCACCCAAGGCGCUGAGUAUAUCAAGAGCGGUGUCGACAAGACCAAGUUCGUGAAGGGAAAAUUCGUUACCGGCCCUAAGUUCACCACCACUCACAAAAUUACCGACAGUGAGGGUAAAGAGAUCACCGAGAAGACUGUCAAAGAGGUCGCUACGUACACUCAGUCUGAUAUCCCUGAUGGUGGCAUUGGAAUUAACAUUGGUGGCGGCACUGGAACUGGUAGUGACUCAGCCAGUGGAUCCGGGUCAAGCAGCGGUGACUCCACCAAGAAAAAUGGUGCUGGUUCCGCUAAGAGCAUGACUUUCGGAUGGUCGCUGGGAUUGAUCACAAUUGGGUUCGCCGCCUUAUUGUAAAGAUUUGUUCGAGUGCCUCUUGUUGUGGUUGUGAAAUGAUUUCCUUGUUUUUUUUUUUGGUGUUAUAACGGGUGGGAUAUAAUCAGCAGGUGGAGGGGAAGUCCUGAUCUACCCUUCAUCUGUUUUUCGCCGAAUCUGUAAGUCAGUCACGUUUGUGAUUAAAUUGAGCAACAGGAACGGACUUAUUUAGAGGUUAUUACAUAUUGUUCUUGCAUUUCUUCAUGGGCCUUCGGACUGUUUUGAUUCGGAGGGCCGGUAGAUUGGGUGUCUUUUGUUUCCGCUUUAUGAUCUUUCGUGCCUUUUUUUUUAUACCUUUUUUCUUAGCUCUGCUUGUAGUUGACUGUGCAAAAAUCUUUCAUAUCCCUGUACUGUCGAUCAUUUGAACGGUUUGCUCGCAAAAUAGUUUGGUAUUCACAUCA